AAAUAUCUUUUUUUUAUUUACACAAGAACGCACAAUAUCCGAUUGAAUACACCAAUGCAACGUUGCGUAAGUAAAGGUCUUGAUUCGUCUGUCCAAUCAGCAAUGAGUUCACUCAAUCUAGUCGUCACAUGGUAAACGUGCGCUCACCACGCCUGUUUUGCGGCAUCACUUCCGGCCGUAGCAGCCCUGUUUUCCGAAGCAACAUGGAUGCAUUCGGAGUGAAAGUUAGUGCGGAAACCGAUGAUAGGGAGACGAAUGCCGCCGUUAAAGUUCCCGAAAGAGUGUUACGCAGAGAUCAAGCGAGGCUUGAAGAGGUCGAGCGCCGUAGAAACGUCAAGGAGAGCCAAACCGUGACGGAGGAAAAGAGCGACUUCUUCACGUCCACCUUUAAUUCCGAGAAGGCUGCUGUGGAAGAAAUCAUCUCCAGUUGUAACUAUGGCGACAGCGACCAAGCGUCAAAAACAUUGGAGGUGGUCAGUGUCAAAAUUCAACAGCUCCAGAAAUUUCUUAACGAUAGCGUCAUGUUUCUAACGCAAUAUGAAAUAAGACAGGCCCAGGCAUCCUUGCAGACAAUGCAGAGCUCUCUGGCUGAGAAAAGGGAGGCGGCACUGCCUAAAAAGAAAUUCGCCUUCAGAUCCAGGAACACAAGGACUGGUAAGCAGCCUGCACCAAAACAAGAAACAUCAGAAAAGUCUGCGUCCGUUGUGGAUGGCCCUGCGGUACAGGAUGCUGCGAUUUACGUAAAUCAGUGUGGGUUCUCCAAUGUCGACAGUCAAGUCUUGAUCAUGCAUGCAGAGGAACUUCAGCAACGGGAUGUGCUGUUAUCUAAUCUGACAAACUGUAAAGUCAGACUUUAUGGAUGUCCGAGUACCGUGCACAUCAAAGUCGUCUGUAACUGUGAGAUCCUUUGCGGGCCUGUUUCCAGCUCUGUUUUUGUCGAUCAAUGCACUGACAGCACUUUAGCUGCUCCCUGUCAGCAGCUUCGCACCCACAAUACUUCUGCUACUCAGAUAUACCUCCAUGUGACCAGCCGGGCAAUUAUAGAGGACUGUCAUGGGGUCAGGGUUGCCCCAUUCACGUGGACUUAUCCAGGCAUUCAGGAACAUUUUAAAAUAUCUGGACUUGAUCCAGAGCGGAAUAACUGGGAACAGGUUGAUGAUUUCAACUGGCUUGCUACUGGUACCCCCUCUCCCAACUGGACUAUCAUUCCUGAGUCUGAGAGAAUAUCUAGUUGGGAAUCCGUACAACCAGCUACCUAG